UGUGGUAGGGACUCAACCCCACUUUCAUGGACACAAUCAUUGUUUUGAAUUAAAAUAUAAAUCAUAAAACGAUAUUUAUAGAUUGAGUAAUAUUAAAUGCGUGCUUUCUACAUGAGCGACAUUUAUUGUGAAGACUGGACCUAGACCGGAAGUUAUUGUCUCCUCUUCUCAAACAUCGCAUUAACAGCAAGCUAGCUAUCUGUUUAGCUAACAUUAUCACAGUUUAUCCUUCCAUUUCGUUGCUAAACUUAGCUUUUAUUUCCAAUUAAGAAUGUCAGAAAGAAAAGUGUUAAAUAAAUACUACCCGCCAGACUUCGACCCGGCUAAAAUACCCAAACUCAAGCUCCCUAAAGACAGGCAGUAUGUGGUCCGGCUGAUGGCUCCCUUCAACAUGAGGUGUAAGACUUGUGGGGAGUACAUUUACAAGGGGAAGAAGUUCAACGCCCGUAAGGAGACUGUGAUGAAUGAGCUCUACAUGGGACUGCCCAUCUUCCGCUUCUACAUCAAGUGUACAAGAUGCCUGGCUGAGAUCACCUUUAAGACUGAUCCGGAGAACACAGACUAUGCCAUGGAACACGGUGCCACAAGGAACUUUCAGGCGGAGAAACUUCUAGAGGAGGAAGAGAAGAAAAUAACUAAGGACAGAGAGGAGGAAGAGUUGAACAACCCUAUGAAGGUGUUGGAGAACCGUACACGGGACUCUAAGAUGGAGAUGGAGGUUCUGGAGAAUCUUCAGGAGCUCAAGGAGUUGAACCAGAGACAGGCUUCGGUGGACUUUGAAGGAAUGCUGGGAACGUACAAAGAGCUGGAGCAGAGGACCAAAGAGCAGGAGAAGGAGGAGGACGAGAGGGAGACACGGGAGAUGCUAGAGAGAGCUCUAGUGAAGAGGUUAAGAGACUCUGACUCUGACUCAGACCAGGAGAGUGCGAGCAGCAGCAGACCAAAGAAACCCAGCACAGACAGACCUACUGACAUCCUCACCACAGACAGACUCACUGACCCACAGGGCCUGUCAGUGGGGGGGAUGAUGAAGGCCAAGGUGGAGAGCUGGGAGAGAAGUGUGGGGGGGCUGGGAGGUGGAGGGGUACUGGGAACACUGGUGGUGAGGAAGAAACCAACGACCUCUGUCCCCAAACCUGGUACCACAGUAACUCCUGCAGGCGCUAACACACAGACAGUUUCAAAGGCAGCUGCUACCGUACCGACGGAGGCUACUAAGCCAAUCACAGCACAGAAUGGGUCGUCGUCGCUCAGCCUCCUGGGGGCGUAUUCCGACAGUGAUGACAGCAACAACAGUGAAUGAGAGAGAGGCUGGUGAUGCUUUGGCUAAUCAAAAUGCUCAGUCAGUGAUGAUUUUAAAACUACUGUAUUUGUUUGAGUAUAUAGGAGAGUUAACUGAAUUGUAUCAUCCUGUUUUGUGACCCCUACCCCCAAUGUAAUUAGUUUUCACCUGUGAUUUUUGAAAAUAUAUUUUGAAAUGUCCAUCUACCAACUACCCUCCAACUUUGUAAAGGUGUAAGUCAUGUUUUGGCUUUUCAUUAAAUACUUAUUUUCCUCUAAA